UGUUGGAGAAGUAGACAGGAACAGGACAGACGGAGCGAAGUGUGGCUUAAAAACACAAACAGAAAAGAACAAUCGCAAACACGAACAGCGGAUAAAAGUCAUCGGCUGGUUUGGAGAAGGAGCACAUCUGCAUCUUUGUUUAACUUAUUCGGCUAGACAACGGAUCUGAAGAGUGGAUCUGCAAAGUGGAGAAGUGACGUGAAGCAGCAGGCUACUGGAUAUUUCCUGAACAACACGCAUCCUAUAUGAGCUACAAUUAAAGCUCAUACUUUGCACCCUUUUUUUGUCAUUUACUACGUUUGGAUUUUUAUAGUCACGUCGCCGGUGAAUCGCUGAUGCCUGAUGCGCUGUGUUUAACAACACGUCUGUUAAAAACCUGCCGUCUCUGCUGUGAUUUGUUCGACAGAGCUCUGAAUUGAUGAACUGGAAAAUUUACCGAUUUCUGAAGGAUCAGAUCGUACUUUGUUAUCAGUUUUCUGGGUCUCUAACGUGAUACUGGUCCAUGAGUGACAACAUUUAAAAAUGUCAGUUUUUUCUUUCACUCACUUCUCAUCUGAUAUGAACCAAAGUUUGAGCUGCUGAAACUAAAGCAAUGCCUAUGACGCCGUAGCACCAGGCGCUCACGGCUUUUGUGAUGUGACGCAUCGGCCCCUUUUCUUUUUGCCUUCAUCUCGCACCCUCGCUGUUUUAAUGAGGUGAGCAUAUUUGGCUCGUGACUUUCUUCAACAACGCGUUGCGCGGUGUAGUCCCACGCUCUUUCUUAUUUUUCUCUGUGUGUGUCCUCAACUUACGAUGAGUUUGUGAAAGGAGUUUCUGAGCUUCAAAGCAAGCACGACGUGCUGCUUUUUACAGCCAUCCAGAUACAAAGACUGGUCCAAAACUCCUGGGAUUUUUUUCUUCCAUGUCACUUUCACUUUUUGUCACUCUGAUGUGAUGAAUUGAGGCUGUCCUGCUUGCUUUCUACGUCCUGUACUUCCACCUCCAUUGAUCAAAACACUCCUUCUUGACCACUGACCAGUACAACCACCUUCCAUAUUAACAUUACGUUGGAAAUCUAUACACCAAAACGAGGUCACCUCACUCACUGCACCAUCCUGGAGGCUGGAAUUUGUUUGUGGCGAGCAUCUAUUGUCCUGUGGCUGCUGUCUGGGUUGCACACCUGAAGCUGUGUGAGCGAGUGCAGGGAGAAAGCCAAACACGGGGCCGCUGGACUACAGAGCUCACAACUCUGGGUUCAGGCCAUGAGGUUUCAUGCCUCGAUCCACUGACGGGAGACACUGGACCUAAAUGGCGCAGCAUGACUUUGUUCCUGCCUGGCUUAACUUCUCCACGCCUCAGCCUGCCAAGUCCCCUGCAGCCCCUCUUGAGAAACAUGGUGAGCACUGUGCUCGUGGGGACGGCCGGCCGGGUGUGAGCCGCCGUAGACACAACUCCUCUGACGGCUUCUUCAACAACGAUCUGCUCCGUGCACCAUCGGGUGAUGGGUGGCUCCAGCCGUCUCUGUUGAGGCAUGACUCAGUGGACUCUGGUGUAGCUAAGGGCAAUCAGGGAGGUUUGGGAAGCGGACAUGGCUGGAAGGAGACCCCCAGCUGGCAUGGGGCCCCGCGUGGUCAAGAGGGCCCUCACCAUCACCAUGGGCGCCAUGCCAAACGCGGAGGAGGAGACAGGGACAGGCAAGGCGGCCAUCGGCAACGGAACGGCAACUUCCAUCCACGCAAAGGCGCUCCCUUCCAGGACCGUUACUCUGACGAGGAACGCAAUGAUGACAAGCUUAAAUUUGUUGAAGAGGAUUUUCCUUCCCUGAAUCCAGAGACGACUGGGAAGCCAGUGAGUCAGGCUCGUGCUGUGGGAACUCCAGCAGGCGUAUGGGAGAAUCCUCCCAGCGCUAAGCAGACUAUGUCUAAGAUGCUGGUCAUUAAGAAAGUGUCUAAGGAGGACCCCAGCGCUCCAUUCUCUGCUGGUUUUGCCAGUGCCAGCCCUCUGCCAGCCAAUGGAUCCAAAGUUCCCAUCACUGGGCCAAGUGUCUAUAAGAAUCUGGUUCCCAAACCUGCUACUGCCCCAACUAAGACUGGCCCUUGGAAGCCCAAUGGAAGGGAAACUAAAGUGGGUUUGCAUUUCUCUGGUCGGGAUUCAGCCUUCACCAGCCCCGUGUCAGUGACCAAACCCCUGACCCCGGUCAACGGCCCACCCCAUGGCACUCCGAAAGAGCCACCAUGCAGCACUACUCCUCCAAUAGACAUCACUCCUCCUCGGCUGAAGCUGAUGCGGCGUGGCACAGACCGUAAAAGCGAGUUCUUGCGUGGACUGAAGGACGAGAGGAAUGGAGAGGUGAGCAGCUGCCACAGCCCUGGAGCUCCAACAGAGGGAGAGAGCAGUACUCCUGAGCCUAAAGAGUAUGAGGAAGGCCAUGAGAACGGCAUGUCUCACUCUCUUAGUGACUCUGACACUGAACACCUAUCCAGCUCCUUGGAGGCCGAACACCGGUUGCUUAAAGCAAUGGGCUGGCAGGAGUAUCCCGAGAAUGAUGACUUCCAGCCCCUUACAGAGGACGAACUCAAAGAGUUUCAGGCUAAGACUGAGCAGAUGAAGAAGAACGGGCUGGGGUGUAACGGUGUGCUCCUUAAGCCACGUGCUGUGGCACUGCUGGCCUGGAGGAACUCCACCAACACCGACCUGGAUGAAGGCUCCGAGUCUGAGACCAGCAGUAGCAGCCAGACUUCGGACGACGAGGACACCUAACGUGGCUUUAAAUCUCCCCCUGUCCUCUUCCUCCAUCACUCUUGCUCACUUUCUCUCUGUUUCUCUUACAUCAUACCUUACAUUUCAAAUGAAAAGAAGAAAAUGAGUGAAUAUAUUGUUUCCAUGGACAAGAGCCAUCAGUCAUAUCCCAGUGAGAGAGAGAGAACACUGAAAUGACAUGUCAUGGGCAACUUGGUUUUUUUUUUUUUCUCUCUUUUUCUUCCUUUUCUCUCCUGUUCUCAUGUUUUCCCUUUUGCUCCCCAGACUAGAAAUGUCUGUCUAAAGCCACACACACCCCCACACACACCCACACAACACACAUCCCCCACCAGAUUUUUUUGUUGUUGUUUUUGCUUGGGGAAAAAAAAAGACUAACUCAUAAUAACACCAGUUAUAACCGUGACUUAACGUGGAAUAUGACUUCAUCUGAAUGUUAUAUAAAAUGGCUUUGACACCUUUCUCAAAUAUAUAUAUUUUUUUUCCUUUUUGCGAAAACAAUUCGUAGCAUUAGUGUAAAGAUAAAACAAUCAUCUUGAGCCACUAAACAGCGGCAUUGCUCCCAGUCCCUCAUAGAAAUAAACAAAAGCCAGCAAGAAAGCACUAAAACAAACUCCCAACAAACAAAUAUCUAUAUAUAUUUUUGGUACAAUUUGACAGCUAAGAUCCGAGCCUUUCUCUUGUGUUUGAUUUAGACUGUACUGCUUCCACUGUUCUCACACUUUCUGAACUAAAUCUGAGCAAGCUUUUGAAAGUACAGUCAAAGUGACGCGCUGGAUUCUACAUGUAGGUUACAUGAGUGUUUAUUGCCUGGUCUUUCGAUAAUCUCACCAUUAUAACAAUUUAAAAAUGUGUUUGUUGGUUUAUUUCAUUUGAAGGACAAAAUUAAUCUGAUUUUUCUUUCAGGCUUGCACAAUUUCAAAUGGUUCUUCUUGUUCUAAAUCCCAAAGAAUUAUAGUUCAUGUUCUCCUAAAGCCAGAAUGUUCAGUUUCAGCAUUUUACAAAUCAGCCAUGAUGUUUUUCAUCAAUUUCAGUGGUUGCAGAAAUAAAUAUAUAAAUGAAUACAGACUUUAAAGAUAGUUAGAGGAAAAUGCCACCUUGUCAAGCACCUUUGAAUCCACUGACAAAAAAAAAAAGAAGACUGUAGUGAAUAUUUCUAAUUGGCUUUUUAGUCUGGUCUGUAGAGCGUUUUUCUUGGCUCUGACUUGUAAAAACAAGUUCUGUUCUGUUCACAAAUGCGUUUGAGAACUCCUAGAUGCUCCUCUGUCCAUGCA